UAUCCCGAGGACGAGCCACAGGUGCAUUCACGACGACCUCAUCCGUACAAGGACCAGGUUUAGCGCCUGCCCUCUGCCCUUCAGCAACAAUGCCCAUGAAUCUGGAUGGCGACAGCUUACCGGAUGCCCAUCAGCCGCCCGAGGGAGCAGUGCAGUGUGGAACCAACGAGGACGGUCUUCCAACUUAUGUGGCCAGAGGAUACUUCUACGGCGAUCUCCUUCCUGCUGCUUAUGUACCGGAAAAGAAGGCUGCUUUCAGUUCGCACAGCCAAAAGACCCAAGUUCUGGGAAACUAUGUUGAGAUCCUGGUGCUAAAUGACUGUGACCAUAAGUGGGUGCCCGGACAACAGGGAACUUAUCCGCAGGAAGCACUGAACACAGGCUACGUUGAGAUGCUUGAGGUCACUUACACGGGCCGCGCUCUUUUCGAGGGUAUCCUGCGUCUGGGCAAGGUGCAUCCUUCCCACAAGGUCAUGUACAUCCCGCAUCAUGGUCAAGAGGUGAACGUAAACACCUAUGAAGUCCUGGUGGUAUCCCCACUCGAUAAGGCCAAUUGA